AUGGAGUCGGGCAAUCUUUUCCUCGCUUGGAGCCUCUUGAGGAAUCAGGCUCUGCUAGGGGUGACAUCACUGUUUACCAUCCAGACACUUCAGUACGAGGAUACGAUCACAGCCCUAGGAAACGCAGGAGUCGGCAUCCUCCCUCUGAUCCUGAUCGUGCUCGGUUCGUUCCCGAUCUUGUUCCUGGGAAACAAAAUCUCUACGUCGGAGUCGAAGGCUUUCAUCGACAUCAACUUCUCUACCAACAUACUUGCGCUCAAGUUGUUCGGAUCCAAGGAGAACAUCCCGUUUGCCUUCGGGGUCUCGUCGGUACUUGGUGCAAUUACCGGGUUAUGCGAAGAACUGUCCUUCCGCGCCCUGGGUCUGCCGAUUCUGGCCAAGAGGCUGGGAGAGGCUGGAGAUCCGAACGUUCUGCUGGGAUUGCUGGCAUCCUCAUUGGUGUUUGGGCUGGCCCACUGGUCCAUCGGCGGGAGCUGGAAAGACAACUCGGUUGUUGUCCCGUUACAGAUCCUGACGGGACUCUGGUUCGGCGUGCUCUACAUCCUGUCAGGAUACAACUUCCUGGUCAGACCUUCCGGACUUCCUUCUGUGAUAGUUCCGGCGGGGGUGCACGCCAUCUACGAUGCCUACACGCUCAUCGACGCGCACCUGGCAAGCACCAGCCAGCUGAAGUAUGCUCAAGCGAGAUCGUCCUCAGCCAAGUUCCUUCCCAUCGGGCCGGCGGAUGCGUCCAGCACGCGAGAGAGGAUCCAGCAGAACAGCAGAUUGAUCUUCUACCUCGCUGACACUUCUCGUGAUGGGAUCCUGCAGCUUCCAGAGAUACGCGCAGCCAUCCAGCAGCUGGGCUACCGCCCCGAUGAGACAUUACUGCUAUCUCUCUUCCAACAAGCGGACAGGAACCAAGACGGGGCCUUGGACCUCACUAUCAUGCCUGCCGAGAAGAAACAGCGCCUGCUUGGAUUCCGAUAG